AUGGUUCCGGAUGAGCAAUCGCGCGACACGUUUGCGCAAGAAGAUCACCAAGUCGCGUACAUCUUCGAUCCGGACGAUGACGAGACGCAUCGGGAGCGCCCGUCCAAGCGGCGCAGAGUGACCAAGCAGGCCAAGAGAACGUCCGCAGCGAACGAAGCGGAACCGCUGUUCGUGCCGCUGCUCAAUGGCAAGGAGAGCGCUGCGAGCGUGCGCCUGCGACAGAGGCUGUACGAGGAGAGCUGGGCGAAAGUCGACGCCCGGCUGCAGGGGAUGCUGCGAGAGUCUAACCUGGCAACAUUGGAGCAGGUGACUGCGUUUGUGGCGGCGGCAGGGUCCGAAUGCGACGAUCAAAUACCGGCCGCCUUCAUCAUAACUGGCCCGAACAUUGCUUCUCAAGACCUGCUGUUCGAGCAGCUUUCGGAAACGCUGCAGCAGGCAUCGGUGAGCAGGUUCGUGCGGCUGCGAUCAUCGGAGGCCGCCUCGCUCAAGGCGGCGCUCAAGAAGACCAUCCGGGAUGCGACGGCUGGCGCAGGGGGCGACGAGGACGACAGCCUGCAAGUUGGGACAGGCCAGGAUGGACGCAAGUAUCUCGAUUACGACCUGGAGGCACUGGAGGCGUCAAUCAGGUCGCAGGCGUGCGAGCACGUAUACGUGUCUUUUCAGGACAGUGAGAGCUUCGACAGCGGCCUCAUCUCUGAUUUGGUCACCCUGUUUCACUCGUGGCGCCCUCGGAUUCCGUUCACGUUGCUCUUCGGCAUCGCCACCUCUGUCGAGCUCCUCCAGGCCCGCCUCCUCAAGUCGGCAUGCCGGCUCGUGUACGGCGCGCAGUUCGACUGCGUCCAGACGGAGGCGAUUCUCGAGACCCUGUUCAGGGGCGCCGUGGCGGCAUGCGAUGUGCCGCUGCGGCUGGGGGCGCCACUGCUCCGGGGCAUGCUCGAUCGGCAGCACGACCAGAUAGCCGGCGUCCAGGCAUUCAUCAGCUCGCUCAAGUACGCGUACAUGUGUCACUUUUACCCCAAUCCCCUGUCCAUUUCCAUAUCACCCGACGCACCCCAGGCGGGUGCCGUCCAGCCCGAACACAUCAACGCGCUGCGAACCCUGCCGUCGUUUCGCAGCCAUGUGGAGCGGGCGGUAGAGCUUGGCGACGAGGGCUCGCUGAGGCAUGCGAGGUCGCUGAUCGAGGACGACGAGUACCUGCUUGCCAGGCUCCGAGACAGCAACGAGGAUCGGCAGCGCUGGGUCGAGCGCCUCCUGCGUGCGCUGCUGGUCCUCGAGGCGGCAGGCGCGCAGCGCGGCGUAUUCUCGCGGGCGUACGUGAACGCCAUGGCAGACGGCGUCGACACAUCAGAGCAGUCCGGGGUGGUAGACAGUAUCCGACGGAUGAGCGUCGAGGAGCUGUCCACCCUGCUGGUGCGCAUCUCAAGUCUCCUCACCGAGGGUGAUCCGCGCCUAAACCUCGCGCCCGCAUCAGACGACGCCGACUCGCAGCUGCAGCUCGCCCUUAAAGACCACGCCGCCGAACUGGAAACGCUCAGGGAGACGGCCCAAAGUCAAGGGUUCACGCUGCGAAGCAAGUACAGCGGACAAAGCAAGGUGAUGCGAACGACGGUCAUCGCGCAGCGCGUGCAGCUGAGCCAGGACUCGGCGGCCCUCCGCGACGAGGACAAGCGCCUGACGGAGAUUGUCGACGACGUGGCCCGGCUGGUGGCCACGCACUUUGGAGUAACCGGGCCCGGCGACGUGCUCUUCUCCGAGGGCUGGACGUACGAGUCGAGGUCGCCCGCGCGCGAGGUGUUUGUGCCCCGGCCGCGCGCCGCCUUUGAGCGCAGCCUCGGCCGGCCGCACGACUACCUGGGGUGCUCGUGCUGCGCGCCGGGCGGCGAGGGCGGCGGCGUCCAGGCCACGCUGCCGGCGACGGCGGUCCUCUACAAGCUGUACCUGGAGACGGGCAGCCUGAUCAACGUGGCGGACCUGUGGGCGGCGUUUGACGCCCUCCUCGCGAGUCGCGGCGGCGCUGACGACAAGGAAGCGGUAGCCGGGAACGAUGACGACGAGGUCGAGCCCGACGCCGAGGCCGCGGGCGAGCGCGAGCGGCUCGUCAUGUUUUAUCGAGGACUCGCGGAGCUGCGCGCCCUGGGGUACGUCAAGGCGAGCAAGAAGAAGCCGGACCAUGUCGCCAAGGUCAAGUGGCUGUAA